UGUCCCCUCACGGCUGCCAUGGCGCUGCCGGCGCGGGGGCGGGGCGGGCGCCAUGGCGGCCGUGAGGGACGUGGAGAUCGACCCUGAGGGCACCUUCAAGUACAUCCUGGUGCGGCUGCAGCGCCCGGGCGGCGCCGAGCAGCGGGACAUCGUGCGGGGCACCAAGGCGGCCGAGUUCCACAAUCAUAUAUUUGAAAAAGUAAACCCCGAGAUGGAAAAGCUGGGAUAUGAAUGCAAGUGCCUUGGAGGAGGGAAAAUUGAACAUAAUAGCAAAGACAAGAAAAUCAGGGUAUUUGGGCUCUCAACAGGCUAUGGAAAAGCAGAUCACUCAGUGACUGUAGAGAUACUGAAGAAAGAGUACACAGAUUAUGAAAUUACAUGGUCAGAUGACAAGAAUUAAACUUGUGCACACAACGAGCAGUUCCAGCCUGGUAACUGUGAGCUGUACUCUGAUCAAUAAAACUGAAUGUGUGUUCUAUGUAUGUAACCAUAAA